AUGCCGCAGGCAGGUAUCCCGUCGGAACAGGAAGUCCUGGGUUGGUUUGACAGCCUCUCCAACUGGGGUCGCUGGGGCGACGACGAUGAAUUGGGAACGCCCAAUCUGAUAACACCCGAGAAAACCCGAUCAGCUCUGGCAACGGUUGAAGAAGGUUAUUGCGUUUCGUUAUCGCGGGAAAUCACCUGGGACCCCACGCCCGACGUGCCGGCGCCUCCGGUCCACUACAUGGUGGAGAGCGGCGAGGGAUGGGCAACCGGCGAUAAGGUGUCGUCGCGGAAGUCGGCGGUCGCGAUGGACUAUAUCGGCAUGAUAUUCCACGGCGUGUCGGUUACCCACGUGGACAGUCUGGCCCACUUUUUCUGGAACGGUAAGACCUACAACGGCAAGCCGGCCCACAUGGUAUCCACCAACCUGGGCGCCACCGUAUGUUCCGUGGAUGCGGCGCAGCGAGGAUUCAUGACUCGCGGAGUGCUGGUGGAUGUGCCCUUCGUGCGGGGUAUCGAUUGGGUGGAACGCGGCGAGGGUGUGAUGCCGGACGACAUAUUGGCAGCCGAAGAGCGUUGCGGAUUCCGGAUCGAAGCGGGUGACGUGUUGCUGAUUCGAACCGGUCAGCUGCACCGUCGCGGCGUGGAGGGACCGGUGACUCGCGAGGCGGGUUCCACUGCGUGCCAAGCGGCUUGCCUGCCACUGUUUAAGGAGCGGGACAUCGCGGUAUUGGGAUCGGAUACCGGCAACGACGUGAGCCCACCUCAGUACGGUGGGCAGCUCACCAACCCGGUUCACCAGGUAUCCAUAACCGCGAUGGGACUGUGGAUCUUGGAUAAUGCCAACCUCGAGGACGUGGCGCAGGAGUGUCGUCAAAGAAACCGGUGGACUUUCCUGGUCAGUAUCAACCCGCUGCGGCUGCAUAACACAACCGGUUCUCCCGUUAAUCCCAUCGCGGUAUUUUAA